AUGGGCACUACCACAUAUCUGCCACCCAAUUCUGAGGGCGGAUCUGCAGGCACAUUAUCCUAUCGUGCAGGUGAUACACCGCUAAUGGAGCCGCUUCAGAAUGCGAGUGGUCAAAGGUCGCGGGUGUGCUACUUUUUUGACUCCGACAUUGGCAACUUCCAUUAUGGACCAGGACAUCCCAUGAAGCCCAUGCGUGUGCGAAUGUGUCACUCUUUGGUCAUGAACUAUGGUCUGUACAAGAAGAUGGAGAUAUUUCGUGCGAAACCAGCGACCAAGCGGGAAAUGUCGCAAUUUCACACGGAUGAAUACGUGGACUUCCUGUACCGUGUGACGCCAGAGAAUGUGGAUGCAUAUGUGCGGGAGCAGUCUAAAUUUAAUGUGGGUGACGACUGUCCCGUGUUCGACGGACUCUUUGAAUACUGCUCGAUAUCCGCCGGCGGUUCGAUGGAGGGAGCGGCUCGUUUAUCGCGAGACAAGUGCGAUAUUGCGAUCAAUUGGGCUGGUGGGCUUCAUCAUGCCAAGAAGGGUGAGGCGAGUGGCUUUUGCUACGUGAAUGAUAUCGUGCUAGGCAUCCUUGAACUGCUCCGGUACCAUGCUCGUGUGCUGUACAUUGAUAUUGAUGUGCACCAUGGCGAUGGUGUGGAAGAAGCGUUUUACACCACUGAUCGUGUCAUGACAUGCUCUUUCCACAAGUAUGGUGAAUUUUUCCCUGGAACAGGAGAACUUCGUGACAUUGGAUGUGGCAAGGGCAAACACUAUGCAUGCAAUGUGCCUCUUCGCGACGGCAUCACCGACGAGACGUACCAAAGUGUAUUUCGCCCCGUGAUCCAACGCAUCAUGGAACAGUACCAACCGACGGCGGUGGUGUUACAGUGUGGUUCCGACUCUCUCGCUGGUGACAAGCUGGGCUGCUUUAACCUUAGUAUGCGUGGACACGCCAGUUGUGUCGAGUUUGUCAAAAGCUUUGGCUUGCCUCUUUUACUGGUCGGCGGCGGUGGUUACACGAUGCGAAAUGUGAGUCGUGCAUGGGCGUACGAAACGGGAUUGGCGUCGGGACACCAGCUGAGCUCUGUUCUGCCAGUGAAUGAAUACUACGAAUACUUUGGGCCCCAGUACCAACUAGAUGUAUUGCCGAGCAACAUGGAAAACAUGAAUACACGCGAGUAUCUGGACAAGGUCAAAGAGCAGGUGUUUGAGAACCUGCGCCACGUGGCCCAUGCGCCGUCGGUACAAGGCCAUGUUGAGCCACACUUGGCCCACGAUACGGCCAUGGAUGACCAAGACGACGACGCAGAAGAUCCGGACGUGCGUGUGAGUCAGCAUGUCAUGGACAAACGCAUUCAACGCGACACUGAGUUUGACGAUUCGGAUGACGAGGGCGAAGGCGGUCGACGCGAUCAGCAGUCGUGGAAGGAACAAGAGGGAAUGGACGUAGAGGAUGAGCCACCACAAGAGCCUGUCAAGGCACCCACGCCGCCCAAGACUGAGUCCGACGCAUCUCUGCCCACGAUGGGCCCUUCCGACUCUAAUGUAUUACAUACCCAAACGCACACAACUGCAUAG